UUUAGAAAAAAUGAGACGCUCAACUCGAAAAAGGAAUCCGCCUGCCAGACUUGAAGACCAUGACGAGCCGCCGCCACGAAAAAGGCAGCCACAAAAGAAAUCACAAACUCCCACAGCUCAUAAGAUACAUAUACCGCCUACGGGAUCUACACAGCAACAUGGGUUACAUUCAGCUACAUUAUCGCCUAAUUCAAUAACGUCCACGUCAAGGGCACCUACACUACUAGCAAGGGCAAGUACAUCAUCGCCUAAUUCAAUAACGUCCACGUCAAGGGCACCUACACUACCAGCAAGGGCAAGUACAUCAUCGCCUAAUUCACAUACGUCCACGUCAAGGGCACCUACACUACUAGCAAGGGCAAGUACAUCAUCGCCUAAUUCACAUACGUCCAAGUCAAGGGCACCUACACUACCAGCAAGGGCAAGUACAUCAUCGCCUGUAACAGCCAUACCACAACAAGCGGACACAGCGCAGCAGUGUUUGGAGAAAGACAUCAUGUUGGCAGAUCGACAAGACAAAAUGAGACGCUCGACUAGAAAGAGGAAACCGCCUGUCAGACCUGAGAACCAUGACAAAACGACGCUACGAAAAAGGCAACCACAAGCAACGCCACCUCAUACGGCACUAAUAAUUCAAAGGGAAGUCAGGCGGCAGUCUAGGUCACCUUCUGUGGCUACCUCCUCGUCUAGACAACCUACGCCUCCGACUAGGCCGCCAACGCCUCCGCACGUAAUAUCCAUACCACCACAAGUUGAUAUGGCACAGCAGUUAUUGGAACAGAACAUUCCAUUGGUAAAUGAACAAGAAGAACUGGAGAUGACACAGUCUUCUGAUAUUGAGAUUUGCCGAAAAGCCAUUAUUAAGAAUUUCGUCGCACUCAAGAAGUAUUUGCAUCCGGAUCCCAUAAUUGAUUGUGAUACAGGCUUUGAAUUACUCAACGUCGCAGACAGAAGGAAUAUCCAGGGUAAGGAUCCAACUGAUAAGAAUGAGACGAUAUUGAGAAAAGUAAUAUCAAAACGUGCUAAAGGUUACACAGAUUUUAAGGAGCGUCUUAAAAAGACUUGGCAGACUGAAUUGUUAGAGCUGAUCGUUUGUGCAGAGAAUGGCCAGGACACAAAAGAGAUUGAGAGUCGGCUUAGGAAAACUGCACUGUUAUGUCCAGAGUAUAUCAAACAAAGAGGUGGUAAGUAAAUUAUGUUACGCUUGCGUGA